GUUGGUAAGCGAGUCACGUGACUGCUCUCCUGCCAAAGCAGUAAAUAUCAGGCGAGCUAACAGGCACAGGCUGUCCAGCUACUCCCUUGUUUCAGUCAGAACAGAAAAUGUGUCAUUAUCUAACCUAACCAGCUAACAGUCCCGGAGUCUGUGGCUUCUGCGGUGCGUUUCGCCGAGCGAUGAACCGACAGCCUCAGUCGUGACUGUGACGGAGGCUCGUCCAUUUAAAUCUGUGGUGACUUAGCUAGCUUCACAGGUUAGCUUAGCGCUAGCAAGCUGCGUCUGGAGGAGCUUUCGUUGCUAGUGACUAUGCAAGGGGAAACUACGGCUUUGCGAAUCACGGAAAACGAAGGGAAGCUGGAUGUAUUUCCCCAGAACAGGACCCCCAGCUCGGGGAGAGCAAGUGCCAAAAGCUGGCAGUAUAGCGACCACAUGGAAAAUAUCGAUGGCUACUUAAUGAAAUACACAAACCUGGUGACGGGGUGGCAGUACAGGUUCUUUGUGUUAAACAAUGAGGCGGGCUUGCUGGAGUAUUUUGUCAACGAGCAGUCGCGGCCGCAGAAGCCCCGCGGCAUGCUCCCCCUGGCCGGAGCCGUCAUCUCCCCCAGUGAUGAGGACUCGCAUACCUUCACUGUCAACGCCAUCAGCGGGGAGCAGUACAAGCUCAGGGCCACCGAUGCCAAAGAGAGGCAGCACUGGGUCAGCAGACUGCAGAUCUGCACACAACACCACACAGAGGCCAUGGGGAAGAGUAAUCCCCCACCCAAGUCCCGGAGCUACUCGAUGGCGUCCCAAGGCAGCGGCAGCUCCCCCAUGAGCCUGCGCCGGCCCAGCCAAAACCCCGCCUCCUUGUUCGGCUGGUCGCAGGUCCACAAGGGCUCGUCGCUCUACUCCAGCAAGAGGUCUCUGCUGCCUGAUCACCUGAUGGACGCCAGAGAGAUGAUGAGCCAGGCCCAGGGCCAGCACAGAGACCUGAUCCAGAGCAUCGAGGGCCUCCCCGCGGCCCCGGGCCUCUCCCCUCUAGACCAGGAUCUGCUGAUGCUCAAGGCCACCUCCAUGGCCACCAUGAACUGCCUCAACGAGUGCCUGCACAUCCUGCACCUGCAACAGGUGGCCAGGCAGAGAGGCUCCCUGGGAGGACCCACCAUCGAAUGGCUGGAGCCCAAACUGCCCGACAUCCUGAAGAACGGCAGCAGCUCCCUGGGAAGCUUCACCACAGGGGAGGGCGCGCUGGAGGGGAGCCGCCUGGAGCUCAGCAGCCCCGAGUCCUGCAGCUUCUCUGGGGAACAGGAAGACAUAGAUGGAGACGAUGAGUCGGAGGACUGCUUCACGGACAAAGAGGAGGACCUGGGCGCCGUGGAGGAGGAGCGCAGCGUCAUCCUACACCUGCUGUCGCAGCUGAAGCUGGGCAUGGACCUCACACGGGUGGUGCUCCCCACCUUCAUCCUGGAGAAGCGCUCUCUGCUGGAGAUGUACGCCGACUUCAUGUCCCACCCGGACCUCUUCGUGGCCAUCACCGACGGCAGCAGCCCGGAGGACCGCAUGGUCCGGUUCGUGGAGUACUACCUCACCUCCUUCCACGAGGGCCGCAAGGGCGCCAUCGCCAAGAAGCCCUACAACCCCAUCAUCGGCGAGACCUUCCACUGCUCCUGGAACGUCCCCAAGAGGCCCGACGCCCCCAAGGAGCCUUCGCAGGGAAGCCCAGACCCCGCGGCCGUCGCCCAGGACUCCUACCAAGUGCGCUUUGUGGCGGAGCAGGUGUCCCAUCACCCCCCUGUGUCGGGGUUCUACGCCGAGUGCCAGGAGAGGCGGAUGUGCGUGAACACACAUGUGUGGACCAAGAGCAAGUUCAUGGGGAUGUCCAUUGGAGUGUCCAUGAUAGGGGAAGGUUGUCUGAAUUUGCUGGAGCACGAUGAAGAGUACACCUUCACGCUGCCCUGUGCCUAUGCACGUUCCAUCCUCACCGUCCCCUGGGUGGAACUGGGCGGCAAAGUCAGCAUCAGCUGCGCCAAGUCGGGCUACUCGGCAGUCAUCACCUUCCAGACCAAACCCUUCUAUGGUGGCAAAUUACACAAGGUGACAGCAGAGGUGAAGCAUAACACCACCAACGCUGUGGUGUGCCGCGUGCAAGGCGAGUGGAACGGCGUGUUGGAGUUCAGCUACACCAACGGAGAGACGAGGGUGGUCGACGUCACCAAGCUGCCCGUGACGAGGAAGCGCGUCCGGCCCGUUGAGAAGCAAGGACCAACCGAAUCCAGGCGCCUGUGGCAGCACGUGACGGAGUCCUUGCGGCAGAAAGAUAUCGAAAAAGCCACAGAGCACAAGAGGAUCCUGGAGGAGAGGCAGCGGACGGAGGAGAGGCACCGCGCCGAGACCGAAACCGCUUGGAGGACCAGAUACUUCGACAGAGAGGGUGAAGGCUGGGUUUAUCACAAGCCGCUUUGGAAAAACUCCGCGUUCAAAUCCUAGUUUCUCCAGUCUGUAUCUUGGAUGUCCAUAUUGUAGAUUCAGGAAUGCGUGUGAGAGAGAGAGAGAGAGAGAGAGAGUGUGUGUGUGUGUGUCCGAGCACGCACGUGGAAAGCAUGACCUGCACUGACGAACGCGACGCCGGGGGAGAAGGACGGACAGAUGGCAUGACCGAAGGCGUUCUAACUCAUGACGUUCACAAAGCCUCCUUAGUACAAGUUUUUGUACAGCUGAUCAGUUGUUUUUUUCUUCUUUUUUUUUUAUAAUCCAAUGUCAUGGAAACAUAUUCUUGUACAGGUAACGGUACUCUAUUUACACAGCCUUAACAUAGUCUGAUGAAUGAGUUUGGGUUCGGUUGAUCAACCAGGAUAAGGUUCUUCUUCUUCUUCUUCUUUUUAAGCUGUAGUUUCACACGUUGGUGGAGUUUCUUCUUCAAACAAGAUAAAGAAAAUAUUCAGAGUGCUGCCUGAUAAAUUCCACUGGAGAUGGGAUUCUGUGUAUUUCAGUGUUGAUCCUGCUGAAACAGAAGCACUGUUAUCGAGUAUAUUUACACACACACACUGUUGUUUUGAUCUGGACAAUACUUUGACUAUAACAUUUAAGAUUAAACGUGUUAAUAAAUGAACUUAUUUGGGAGAAUUGUGAGGGACGGAUUGAGGGAGGAGUGGUCCAUCGCAUCAGUUAAGACCUAAAAAACACCAGAGCUUCGAGUUCUUCUAUUGCAUCGGAUUAAAUUUAACAUUUUAAAGCUGCCGUUUGGAGGAGUUUGCAUCUCCUUCAUGGGUCUAAAUUCGAUCCUGGGGAAGUUAUACUGAUCAAAAAGGUCCCUGCUUAGGUUAGAACUUAAAAGUUAAAGACUUUUAUGGGUUGGGGUGACAGCACUGGAUACUUUUUGCUGUGUCACCUUUUUGCUGGACUAAAGUAAAGCUGUAUUUGGUGGCUUAACUCUGCAGGUACAAGAUAGAAAGAGAGACCUCAGCAUGAGCUCCAAGUACGCCAGAAUAACGGGUAUUGGACAUGACUAAACUCGAGGACAUCAAGAGGGAAAAAAAAAAGAAGCCACUUUUCCCAUAUUAAGCAAUCAGAACCACCUCAAGCAGGUACCUUUUUUGUUUUCUACCCAAAAAACUGCCUUGAAAGAGCUCCUGCAUGGGCAGUUUUUGCAAUCAGAAGGUUCAGGCAGCCUUAAAACAUCUGGAAAAUGGCUUAUAGUUGCUCAAAAUAAUGCCUAAAUACUCACUUUGUCAUAUGUCAGAUGACUAAUUUGCCUAAAAAUAAGUUCCGGAGGGCGAAACACAACUCACAACAUCAACAAAAGCCACAAAACACGUCACUGAAAGUCCCUUUAUGAAGCAUUUCUAGGUGUAUAAUCACAUCAUGCAUGCUGUAAAACACUCGGGUGUUGCAGAUUUGUCUUUGGGAACGUGAGUCUAAGCCAGUGGUUCUCAAACUUUUGGAGCCACGGCCACCAAGAUAACAUAAGUUUGUGUUUGUGACCCUCCAAUCUGAAUCGCUAACAUGGCAUGAAUGAAUAAAUUUAUUUCGAACAAAUUAAAGGGAAAAAAAAUAUAAAAACAAAAGAAAAAGAGCAUAAUAUCGCAUCAUCAAAUCAUAAUAUUAACAAGUUCAAAAAAGGAGCAAGAACAAGUAUACACUUCUAAUUUUAACAGCCCUAAUACACAUUUAUUUGAUAAAUAUCGGCUUUAUUUUUAUUUUUUACAAAUGAUCUGGGGACCCCCUGAAAUUAUCUUGGGACCUCCAUGGGGGUCUCAACCCCCAGUUUGAGAACCACUCCUCUACCAUUAUGAUUUUGACUUGCGAGCGAGUAAACUGGAGACAAACACUGAACAUUUAUAUCUUUAACGCCUCAUAUCCUCCUUUAUAUCUGCCUCAGUGUGUCACAGAUCUAAUGACAAACUACAUCCAAUAGUCAAAGUAUUCCCUCUAUGCUGAUGAUGAACUCUUGUGCAUUCAUAUACACAGAACUUAAAGCAAUCAGCUCUAAAUUCUUAUUUACUCAUUGUUGAAUGCUAUGAAUAUUGAUAUUUAUCGACUGGGUCGCCCCGUCUUAGUCUAGCUGACAAAUAACCAAAUUUAAGCAUCUAAAAUUCCCACUUUGUCUAUUUUAAUCCUGCGGUUCUGCAGUGUGUCUAGAGGGGGAAAGAAAAAAUCCUUCAUGCAUGAUGGCAAAAGUCUCCAUUCACACUGAUCGCAGCACCCACUUCAAUUUCUAAAUGUCUAUUGUAAAAGCUUUUAACCAAAUUCGCUUGUUUUGUAAUGCAAAUCAAUAUUUUCUUUGAUUGCCUGUCUUUCCCCCUCCCCCACUAAUCUUUAAUCGCUCUCAUUUUUAGAGCCACUUUUUGUAUAGACGUUAAACUUCCUUUCCCUCGCCUCUCUCAAACCUCCCAUCAUCCCAUCGGACUCCCUCCAGAAAGAGGACAUCCCACCCUGCCAUCGAUAAGCUACAUCCCUCCCAGUCUCGGUGCCUUACGCAACUCUUUCUGUGCGCGUCUUCCGGCGAAGGAGCGCAGCGUUUUCAUCAGUUACUUAACCUGACCGAUGCAAUGGCGUAUGCAUUGUUUGUGUGUGUGUGUGUGUGAUUUUGAUUUGUUUUUUUUCCUGUUUUAAGAAUCAGUGCUUGAUGUUUGGAGAGGCCGACCGAGCACUUGCUGACCUAUGAAAUGCACUGAAGGAAACCCGAUGUUGUAGAAGAAGAUGUGUGAUAAUAUACGAAUAAAUUGCGUAUCAGUUGUA